UUACGAAAUGUGUAGGGGCGGACUUCCGAUUGCUAUAGAUUUUAUUUCAAAGGCAUUGGAUCUCAAUCCAAAUGAGAAAAACGCUUUAGUAGCAAGAAGCAAAUGCUAUAUUCUUUUAGGCCAACCAAAAAAUGCACUGGCAGACGCCGAAUUUGCUUUGCAAAUUGACAAAAACUUUAUAAAGGCCAUCUAUCAAAAAGCAGAGGCGUUAUACUACCUUGGAGACUUCGAAUUAAGCCUGAUGUUCUAUCAUAGAGGGUUACAUGUAAGACCUGACCAUGAGGGAUUUAAACUUGGGGUUCAAAAAGCACAGAACGCAAUUGAAAAUGCAAUUGGAAGCUCAUCUACGUUUAAAGAAUUAGCGAAGCACUUUAAAAGCAAAUCGUUGAAAAGUAUUCCAAUCUCAGAAGAAAGAAGAAACGAAAGUCGAUCCUCCAAAGGAAGCAACAAGGGUUUAUCUGUCGGCACACAUGCUUCAAAAUCCGGAAAGAAAAGUAGACUUCUACGAGAACUAGAAGUUGAUAAAACGUAUUUAAACAAUUUAAUGACCAAUCCAGAUAUUAAGUGCAAAUUUAAAGAAAAUAAUGAAUCAAUCGAGAAAAGUAUUAAGGAUACUGUUGAUUACUUAACAGAAAGACAAGAAUUUUGGAGACAGCAAUUACCACCUAAAUAUAAAUAGUUAAAUGAAUUAAUUUAAAUACAUGUACAAAUAUCUCGAAAAUUACAGAGAUACAGAUUCAGUUAAAUGUAAAUAUAUAUACAGGGAACUACACACUCCAUAUAAUUUGAAAG